ACACCCGACACGCCAAGUGGGGCGGGGCUGCUGGAGGCGGGGCGUGGGCCGGGGCGUCCAAACCCCAACUUGGCCUGGUCAAGAUGGCGCUGAUGGUCGGAGCGCGCGUCCUGGCUCGCAACCUGCUCCGCCCGUGGUCCCGGCUGCCGGACGCGGUUCCCGGGCGGACGGGGCCGGCCGCCGGCGGCGGGGACGGUGUGCGGUGUUUCGGGAGCCCUCGGGUGCUGGUGGAGACGGACCCGGCGAAAGGGGUCGCCGUGAUAAAGUUGAAGAACCCCCCGGUGAACAGCCUCAGCCUGGAGAUGCUGACGGAGUUUGUCAUCAGCCUGGAGAAACUGGAAAACGACAAGACCUUCCGAGGCGUCAUCAUCACUUCGGACUGCCCCGGGAUCUUCUCGGCUGGCCUGGACCUGACGGAGAUGUGCGGGAAGAGCCAAGCGCACUAUGCCGAGUACUGGAGGGCCGUGCAGGAGCUGUGGCUGCGGCUCUACCUGUCCAACCUGGUGCUGAUUGCUGCCAUCAACGGAGUCAGCCCCGCGGGAGGCUGCCUGAUCAGCCUCACCUGUGACUACCGCAUCCUGGCGGACAACCCCAAGUACAACAUCGGGCUGAACGAGACUCUGCUGGGCAUCAUCGCCCCGCCCUGGUUUAAAGACACCCUGGUGAACACCGUCGGCCACCGCGUGGCAGAGCGCGCCCUGCAGCUGGGGCUGCUCUUCCCGCCCGCAGAGGCCCUGCGGGUGGGCAUGGUAGACCAGCUGGUGCCCGAGGACCAAGUGCACAGCACGGCACUGUCGGUGAUGGCCCAGUGGCUGGCCAUUCCAGAAACCCCUUUCCAAAUAAGGCCACAGGCACAGAUUCUAGAGCUGCGCUGUGGACUUGUAUGGAUCUUUUGGGGGGUCCACUGUUCAACCCACUGCACGAGUAGAAACAGCCUGCGUGUCCGUUUAUAGAAAUAGGGCUGGUGACGUCAGCGGACCGUGCCUAAAGGGCCAGGUGGAUCUUCGGCCUGGUGGGUCAGCGUCCGCCACACUGUGGCGUUGGAGCACAGAGGCCGCCAGAGCCUGUCUGUGUUCAGUAGAACGGGCGCCCCUGAUACCUAAAUUUCAUAUCCUCUUCACGUGUCCCAAAAAUGUCUUUUUUUCAGUUCUUUUUUUCCAAUUAUAUAAAACUGUAAAAACCGGGGCACCUUGGUGGCUCAGUAGGUUAAGCGUCCGACUCUUGAUCUCAGCUCAGGGUCUCGAGCUCGGGGUCGUGCGUUCAAGCGCCACGUUGGGCUCUGCCAUGGGUGUGAAGCCUACUUUAAAAAAAAAAAAAAAAAAAGGAGAAACGA